CUACUUCACGCCUGUCUGGUUGAAAGAGAAGGUAGAUUGUGGUGCUUAUAAAAUUGUUCUUUGUAGCAGCAGUGCUCACUUUUUUUUUUGCUGGAAUAAAGGAGCUCGAUUAGCUACUUUAUGUGCGAGCCUGCGUUUUAUGUUUGGAAAUCGAACGUCUUGUUGUCUGAGGAAAUAAUUUCACCUGUGGACUAGCGUUAUUUUCUGAGGUGUUAUCAAGAUCAACAUGCAGGUCAUCUACUCACUGUGCCUGUGCAUGCUGCUGACCUUGAGUGGACAUGAGGGUGUACUAUCCCAGCCUCCCUCCUACGGUGAACGGGGCUCUGAUCUUGGUAUACAGGUGUUUCAGCAAGUAGCCCGCUCCCAGCCCCUGGAUAAUGUGGUGCUCUCACCCCAUGGAGUAGCAUCAAUUCUUGGGAUGCUGCUUCCAGGAGCCCAUGGUGAAACCCGUAAACAGCUUGUCACUGCCCUGCGUUACAAGAAGAAUGGGCCUUAUAAGAUGUUAAAGAAGUUGCACAAGACUUUGACAGCUAAGUCCAACCAAGAUGUUGUGAUCAUCGCCAACGCAAUGUUCAGCCAAAAUCACUUUCACUUGGAGGAGGACUUUGUAGCUACCAACAAAGCCAACUUUCAGUGUGAUAGCAGAAGUGUGGACUUCAGUGACCCUCAGGGAGCAGCAGACCAAAUUAAUGAAUGGGUUCACAAUAAGACCAAAGGUCAUAUCCCCAGCUUGAUCAAAGCAGGUAUGCUGGACGCAGCUCUUACCCGCCUGGUAGCUGUCAACACAAUCUACUUCAAAGGUUUAUGGAAAUCCCGCUUUCAGCCUGAGAACACCAAGCUGAGGCCUUUCAACGCAGGCAAUGGGGAGGUGUAUAAAGUUCAAAUGAUGUCCCAGCUCUCUGUCUUCAAUAUUGGUAUUGCUUCUACCCCUCAGGGACUGAAAUAUAAAGUCAUUGAGCUGCCUUAUCAUGGCAACACGAUCAACAUGCUGAUUGCUCUGCCUUCUGAUGAGGACACGCCCCUGUCCAGUGUUAUCCCACACAUCAGCACAGCCACGGUGCAGAGCUGGACCAAACUGAUGCAUAUGAGGAAAGUCCGCCUGCUCAUCCCUAAAUUUACUGCUGAGGCGGAGGUGGAUUUGGAACGCCCUCUGUCAGUACUUGGAAUUACAGAUAUGUUCAAUGAGGAAAAAGCUGACUUCAGACACCUGAGUGCUGAGCCUGUGCAUGUUUCUAAGGUGCUCCAGAAGGCCAAAAUUUUGGUGAAUGAAGACGGUACAAAAGCAGCAGCUGCCACUACUGCUAUUUUGCUUGCCCGAUCUUCUCCACCGUGGGUUAUUGUGGACAGACCAUUCCUCUUCUUCAUCCGACAUAACCCAACAGGUACGAUUCUCUUUAUGGGCCAGAUCAACCAGCCUUGAGCCUGAGCUUUGCUGGCUGCCUACAGGGACCACAAUGGACCAGCAUGCGUUUAUAAACUACCACUCAUGGAUAUACACACACACACAUACAUACUUUGCUGUAGACUUAUGUGCAAUGUGGAUGUUAUGUUUGUUUUAAGCAUUGCUUUUUAUUUCCCAAUUUUUAAUGUAUAACAUGAUUUAUACAUUUUGCUGACUAAUUUCACUAGCUAUUUUAAUUUUGUAUAUUUUUUUUAAUUUCUUUUUAAACUGUCAGCAGUGUGUUUUGUGAGCUCUGGAGUAGGACAUUUAAUUUAAUAUGACGACAGUGUUUCAGUUUCAAAGCACUCCAUCUUGCGUUAUUCCAUGCCAUUCUCUAAGUAUUCCUCAUAAGUUAUGGCAGUGGACGUCCCAUCUUGAUUUUCUUUGCAUUUCAAUGUUCCCUCAACAAGGAAGUUUUCUGUUUUUGAUAAAAUAAAUAUACAUUUCUAACAGUGA